AGUUGCACGUGAGAUACGUGGAGAAGAUGAACCUUUCGGAGGAAUUCAACUUGUGAUAUCUGGUGAUUUUGCUCAAUUGAGACCUGUUGAGGGUAAAUACGCAUUUCAAAGUAAACUUUGGGAUUUAGCUAUAGAGGAAAACAUUUUUUUAAAAAAGAUAUAUAGACAAAGUGAUGAGUAUUUUAUCAGAGAUAGAGAAGUAAAAUACGAAGAUGGAAGAGAGCCAACAAGGCUUUAUUCUACGAAUAAAGAAGUCACGAUUUGUAAUAUGAACAAGUUGAAUGAUAUACCUGGAGAAAUGUUAAAAUAUACCUCUGUUGAUUGGUCAGUUGCCAGAGAUAAUAUUGAUGACGAAAAUAAAAAAAGGAUAAAGGAUAGAGGUGGAUUAUCUCACGAGAAAUUGAUUAAUUGGUUGGAUAAAAGUACCUUAGUUGAACAAGUUUUGUAUUUAAAAAUCGGUGCAGAAGUUUUUUAUAUCUGGAAUUCUGAUAAUCGAAGAUUGGUUAAUGGAACUCAAGGUAAGGUUGUAGCGUUCAGAAAUAUAAAAAGUGAUAUGGUAUAUGAAAAAGAUCUUCCAAAAGGUAUUUCUCCGAAUGAUGUGGUACUAUUAGUCAAAUUUGAUGGGAUCGAAGAAAUUAUAGAGGUUGGAAAGGAAAGGUUUACGAAAAAAAAUAAUGAGGGUGUGUUGAUGGUGACACGUACUCAAUUACCGUUAAAAUUGAAAUAUGCAAUGUCAAUACAUAAAUCACAAGGUUUAACAAUUGAAAGGUUAUAUAUAAAUUGUGCAAAAGUUUUUCAGAGUGAACAAUUAUAUGUAGCUUUAUCAAGAGCCGUUGACAUAAAAAAUUUAUGUGUGAAAAAUUUUAGACCAGAAAAAUUAAAAGCGAAUGAGCUAGUCAUAAAAUUCAUGAGAGAUAAUUUUGGAGAUAAGAUUUUGUUAUAA